GAGCCAGUGGUCAAGUUCAGAGUCGCGCGGCAUCACAAACCGUUGCUGUCCAGGACGUGUUACGGCGAAUGGUGAUGUUAUACAAAUCACGAGUGCCUACCAAAGACUAAAAGGAGAAGGUCGAAAAUGGUUUGGAGUGUGAUGAUACGACUGCCGACAUGUAACAGUACCACGCGACCGUAGAUCUAACGGCAAUAAAUUCCGCUGACGACAUGUAGAUCUGUACAGGUCACAGCCUAGACCAUGUCGGAUUUAGAUGUGGCGCAGCACUUUGAAUUAAGCUUCGAAGGGUAUAGAACAUGCCGAUCUGCAACAGUUACGACAAAGUACCACGAUGCGAGGUGUCGAUGGAACUUCUUGGCGAGGAGUCCACCAUGUGCAUAUACUAUUCAGAAGUCCAGUAAAGGACUGAACUGACCUCUGCUAUACAUGUCUGAAAUGGCGUACAGCAGCUCGAUACACGAAAUUCUGCGCCUAGGGGAUAUUUCAUUGCAGGUCUACCGACAAUGUCGCGACUCUCCUGGUCAAUACAAACAUCUGGCUAACGAUGCCCGCCAACUUCACAGCAUCUGGAUUGACCUUUGCGACCUGAUCAAGCAAUACAAAGUCCCAGCGGAAGCGAAAUCCGAGCUGAUCGAACGUGGUUUCCAGUGUAGGGAUGUUCUUAGCGAUGUCGAGGCCACAAUUCGAAAGUACAACGGCAAGUCGCUGAAAUCCAAGCGCGAAUGGGACAAGCAGUCCUGGGACGACCAAGGAGGGCGUGGUCUCCAGCUCAAGCUGAAUGCCUGUACCAUCGAAUUGAGCUCGUUUCACUGUAGCUUGAUAUUAUCGGCUCAAGCAAAGAUACAGGACGCUCUAUCUCUACUCAUCACGGAUUACCUGAGCAGUAAUACUAGCGGUACAACCACAAGCAUGCUUGAAGCUGCAGUAGAAGCUGCGAAUGGACGAGACGAAGUUACAUGGCAACAACUCAUCCGCGACUUAGAGGGCCUUGGCAUUACAGAAGCAGUUGCGAGUGAAAACAGACCUGUCGUUGUCGAGCGGCUUGAAAGAGUGAUGAAUGGCGAUCUGGUUGAUGAUGAUUCGAGUGACCAGUCAAGUACUAGGCAACUGUCCAUUCAUGGCUCCAGUUCUGUGCCUACAAUACCUGCCAUGAGGAGAACAGAACUUGAUGCCGGGGCAGCUGGUCCGUCUAACUGGACAGGUCAGGGAUCAUCCCUAGCACCAAUUACAACAUAUCCCACGGAGCAGACAGCUGCUCUAGAGCCGCCCCCCUAUGAAGACUUAUCCAAUCCAGCGAUUUUCAGCAUGGCGCAGACCGCUGUUGAAGCCUGGAAUACAAGGAACUGGCCUGUCGCCAUGGCAGCCAUUGAGGAGAUAAUUCAGGCUGUACAAUCUGGCGGUACGGUCGAAGUAGAUGGUGGAGGCAGAAGUCAACCGGAUAUGCGCUUGCUUCAGCACCUCAUGGGCGUGGCCGCAAGCUACGAAGGAGAGCUCGAGACGGCAAAGAAAUGGUUCGAGAUGGUGCUAGACCGGCCAUACACGAAAUCGAUAGACCUGGAUGAAGCGGAAUGCGCCGCAGCCAGAUGGCUCGGUGACACUUGCAUAAUGCUGGAUGAACCCAAGAAUGGCAUCUUUGCCUGGGCAAUGUCCUUCACGGGUCAACCCGGAGGAACCAAGAGUUUGAUAGGGGCAAAGAUCUGCGGAGAAUUGAAGACUUUCGACGUGCAAAUACAAACAGUAAGAACACUUCUUGCGUCUCUCGAGCGCCAGAACAAGGACCCGACCACUAUCUUCAAGACCGCCUCCCUAGGCGCGAAGAUCCAUGCCAUCUCUUACGCAUACAAGAAAAUGGAGAAAGUCUUGUCCGAAUAUGGCUCUGCCUACAAACGCCACGGCAAGGACGUCAACAUCAAACAAGACUACCUUCUCCGUCCCAUGACCGGCCUUGAAUGGCCAAUCCCAUGGGACCCUCUGUUCAGCGCAAGCAAGACAGCCACCUUCAUCAGAACGUACCGCGACUGUCGCAUGAACCGAACAUUCUCAAACAACCCAAGCAAAAACCCCGACGAUGCCUCACACAGCAUGAAAAGCAUGCCAUACACAACCAAGCGCGAUCUGGCAUGGCUCACAGCGACCAUCAGAGCAUAUCUCGAACAGCACAACAUGCCAUUCCUCGUCAUGAGCGACCACUUCACCGUGACGUUGGACCAAAGCAUCAAGGGUGUGUUUUUCCGCGAGCACAUCAACAUCGACUUCAAAAAAGUGAGUAUGCGCACUGCAUACGGCUUCAGGAUUACGGAUACCGAGAGCCAGACUAGAGCGUUCAUGUUCGGGGAAGAGGAGGAGCAGCGGAGACAACGCCAGAACGAUGCGCUUACCGAGAAGCUGAUCUUGCAUGUCGCUGCUGCUGACAGAGAGUCUGGCACGAGUGCCGCUGGGGGGGCUGGAUGAUGCUUCUAUGUACUAUAUAUCCCGAGUUUCGCAUACCUGUACUUCCACCGAAUAGCAAUGAAGUAGACGACUUGCCUGGGCGAGACAUAGUAUCUACCUAGACAUCCAUA